GCGUCGUGGGAUCAAUAGUUCGCGUUAAUAAAUAUGAUAUAGUACAUAUAUAUAUAUAUAUAUAUAUAUACUAUUGUACUAUUUAUUUUCCAAUCCGCCUACAGUGUACUUAAUAUAAAAAAUAGUCUUGACUUACAGCAGCUGCAAACAGGCGACAGCUAUCACUUAUUUGUCUUAUCGGACGUAGGACAAAUUUUGAACGACCAUCGGUGCAUUCUUAUUUCUUUAUAGUAAUAGAUAUCGUCGACACGCGACGUCGUAAAUAAUAUUGUACUCUUAAAUUACUUUCAAAUAUAGCUGUUGCUCUAAUUGACUGGACGUGGCAAAGGUUACUGCAGCAAUAACGCAAAGACAUCAUGUCGUCCGAAAAAGAAGAUGGUGCAGUCGAAAAACUUAUGGAGGAAGGUCCAAAGCAAGUGGAAUCCGUCGAAGACAAAUACGACAAGCUGAAAGAGUUUGAUAUGGCCGAACACGUGGAAACCGCUUACGCUGGUAUGGGCAAAGAAGAGUUAUUGAAGUAUGCUAAUAGUCCGUUUUGGGUGCGGCUCAGGUGGCUGCUAUUUGUUGCUUUCUGGCUAUCGUGGUUCGCCAUGAUGUUUGGCGCUCUAUUUAUUAUAUUUAUGGCACCCAAGUGUUUCCCACAAAGACCCAUCGAGUGGUAUCAAAAAAGUCCGGUGUACAUUAUAAAUGCUGCUAAUCUCGGCAAAGAAGGAGUCGAUGCAAAAAUUGACUAUAUAAAGAAACUUGGCAUUGAAAACGUAGUGCUAUCGUCAGCUCUCCAUGGUGAUAACGAUCAAGUUAUUGACUUCUUAAAAGUUAAUGCUUCAUUAGGAACUAUUGACUCGAUGAAAGAUCUUAUAACAAAGUUGAAGUCAAAAGGCCUGAAAGUGAUGUUAAAGAUAGUUCCCAAUCAAUCUUCUUUGACAAAUAUGUUUUUUGAGAGAUCAGUAAUGAAAGAAAAUGAAUUCAAAGAUUACUAUGUAUGGAGUCCGGGUCAAAUCAAUGAUAAAGGCAAUUUUCCGAUUAAUAAUUGGCUGAGCGUUAAUGGAGGAUCAGCAUGGACAUGGCACGAAUCACGCCGUGAGUUUUACCUUCAUCAAUUUUCUGAUACUGAACCAGAUUUCAAUUUCCGAAACAAAGACGUUGUGAAAUAUUUUGAAGAUGUGUUCAAAUUUUGGUUAGAUGCUGGCGUAGAUGGAUUGUAUUUGGAUAAAGUGCAAUAUCUGUUUGAAGAUAAAUCAUUCCAAAAUGAAACUAUCAAUUCAAAAGAUGCUAAUGCCAGAAAUUACAAUUCAUAUAGCCAUACAUUUACAACUGAUCUGCCUGAAACGUAUCAGUUGUUAUCAAAGUGGGGAGAAUUAAUUUCCAAAAAAUCUGGAUUUUUAAUUUUAAGCGACGUCGAUAGUAAAAAUAUUUCAGGGGUUAACAUCGCACACAGUCCUAUCGUUUUACCAUCAGACUUUACUGGAGAACAACUGCUGGGGAUUCUGGUUAAGAAAACUUCAUCUCACUGGCCAUCUUGGGAGUGGACCUGUGGCGAAGGAAAUAAUUGCUGGAAAAACGAAACACUCGAAGCUUUUAAUAUCCUCAGUUCUUUACUAAAAGGAACACCUGUUAUUCAAGCCGACAAUAAUAUAUUUGCAAACAACCUUAUUCCAAAUAUUACAUUGGUCGAUAGUACGUUAAAAGAACUACGUGCGACUCCUGCAUUCGAAUAUGGUUCUUUUAACGCCAAACUAAUAAGUGAUGAUAACGUAUUAGUUUUCGAUAGGGUAAUAAGUAGUUCGGAGAGUUACCUGUUUGCGUGGAACUUAAGUAAAAAUACCACAACCAUUAGUCUGAAGACUAAGUUCGAGGAAGUACCAAAAGAUGCACAAUUAAUUCUCUGCACGACGUCUGCCUGUCCUAUUCUUCCUCCUCUUAAAUCAAAAGUUGACAGUUACAAUUUGAGCAUAGCGGCAGAAUCCGCUGUAGUAUUAAGUUUUUAAACAAUAGAUAGUUUUAACUUGAACAAAAUAAUUUAUUUAAUUUAAGUGAUAUCAAAAUGUAUCAUCUAUUAUAAUCUCACUAUUUGUUAUAUUCGCUUUACUUGCGCUUAAUAAAUACAAAUUUUGUAGUAAUAUUCAAUCUUACUACUUUAUGAAAUAAAUUGAUUGUUAUUGAAGAGAUUUAAAACUAA